UCCAUUUGAGGCUCCAUGCACCGUAUCCAACCACUAGUCGACACUGUUCCUCUAAGCUCUCCCAAUCCAGCCAUGGUCUUCCUCAAGCAAUUCAAUUGCUCCACCCAUUUGCCUCUUCUGCUCAAGUCUCCAGCACCAGUAAAGCAGAGGGCCAUCUGCCAUCAAGCAAAGUUGUCGAACAAGGGAAGCUUGGUGGCGAAGUGCUGCAGCCAAGAGGAGCAGAAGAGCGAGAAGAAAGGCUUUCUGAGCCUGGAGGAAGCUGGGUUGGUUGAGAUCUCAGGGCUCAGCACUCAUGAGCGCUUUCUCUGCAGAUUAACUAUAUCAUCGCUGAAUCUCUUGAGAGUAAUCUCAGAGCAGGAAGGAGUGGCUAUUGAGGAACUAAAUGCGGGUAGAAUCUGUGACUGGUUCAUGAAAGACAAGCUCAAGAGGGAGCAAGAUUUGGGGUCUGCAGUUCUCCAAUGGGAUGAUUCUGAGUUCCAAUUUUAACAUAUUAUUCAUUCAGAAUUGAAGGUGUCAAUCAACCUAGAGAUUUCAAGUCUAUUGCCCUAGAGCAUCUACUGAUGAAGUUGAUCAUAAAAGUUCUUACAGUUCAUAUACAAAUUUGUAUAUCAAAUCUUGUGUGUGAGGCAUAAUUUGUCUUCAUCAAACACAGAGUACUAAGAACUGUCAUAUGUAUGCGUCAAAAAUUAUCAUUGAUGCCAAUCAAAAAAAGAGGCAGAUGUGACUGAAGUUGAUUAUGAGGAGGCUUUUGAUAGUGUAUUAGUGUUAGUUGGAGGGCUUUUGAAUAUGUUCUAAUGCUUAGAAUCUUCGGUGCACAAGGAGGGAUCAUUUUGAACAAUUUGUCAGGCUCUUGGUUUCAUUAUGGCAGAAGCCAAAGCGAAGGUAAUCUUCUUUCUCCUUAUCUAGUCAUUCUACUUGCAAAUGUAUUGCAUAAAUCCCUUCACCAAACAUAUGACCUUGGAUUUAUUGUAGGGGCGACACAAGAAAAUUUUCAUAUAUUACAAUAUGCUAAUAACGCACUUUAUCUUUUUUCAAGCUAACUUA